UAUAAUGAAGCUGAGUUUUUACCCGGUCGAUGUGACACUGCAGCCAUUGCCGCUCUGAUUCGGCAACUAGCUCAGGAGAUUAGGGAGCUGACCUUAUCCAAUCCUGCAGUCACCUUCAACUGCAAUUGUUCCUGUAAAGGGAGUUAUGCAUCUUACCUAUUGCCAGCCGCUGCAUUAGUAGCUAUGGGAUUUUGUUACAUGUGGUGUAAGGGAUGGUCAUUUUCUGAUGUAAUAUCUGUGACAAAGCAAUUGGAGAGUGUACCUGAAAAAAUAGAUUCAACUAGAGGGCAUCUAACAGAGAAGCUAGAAGUUUUGAGCCUGAAAGUUGAGGAGCAAAUUGAGUUAAACCAGCUUAAUGCUAAUGAUGUGAAUGAAAUGAAGGUAAAACUUUCACAAAUUCAGCUUGAAGCCACCAAUGAAAAGAUUUCCAGGAUGGACGAAAAGCUCAAGCUUGCUGAAAGCAAACAGAAUGAGACUAACGAAGCUGUCUGGCAUCUGUGCCAAAGAUUCUUCAUCUUCAAGGUCCAUGCCCAUUAA